AUGUCUACCUCCGAUGCGAUUACCCUGUUUGAUGUAGGGGCUGGUCAAGCGCAAGGAAGUAGGCCGCUUCAGGAGGAUCGAUGCGUGGUGGCUUUUCCGGAACAAUUUCCCUCGAAAGUGGAGGACAAGAUUGCGUUCUUUGCAAUCUAUGAUGGACACGGUUCCGGGCUCGUUUCAGAUCAAGUCAGUCAAACCCUGCAUCAUCUGCUUGCCAAACGCCCGGAAUUCGAACGAGGAGAGUGGACGGCAGCCAUCAAGGCAGCACUGGAGGAAGAAGACAGCAUUCUACUCGACCGGUUCAAGCGCGAAUCCAUCGAGCCUGCCUUGUCAGGAUCCACCGUGGCAGUGUGUUGCAUUAAUCUCACCGUUGGCGAGCUGCUUGUGUCCAAUCUGGGAGACUCGCAUGUUAUCCUGGCGGAGCGAGACCCAACAACAGAGUAUCCGUAUCACAUUCGGCGUCUCACAGAGACUCACAAGCCCGAGGUGCCCAGCGAAAAGGCUCGUAUCGAAGAAGCAGGCGGGAAAGUCACCAUCCGGAGUGGGACGCCACGUCUUGGUGAUUUGAACAUGUCCCGGGCACUGGGCGACCUGCAGUACAAGAACCCGGUCAACACCUCUGAUCCGGCGCCAGACCCCGCCUCUUCAGGAUCGAGCCGGUCGGAAUCACGGGGCAACUUCCUAUCCAAUGAACCCUACACCUCCCGACGGAUGUUGCACUCGAACCGCCGAUACUUACUGCUGAUGGUAUCAGACGGUGUCAGCGACCAAGUGGAGGACGCCAAUCUGGCGCAGCACGUGAUGAAGCUAUCAAUGCGGGGGAAAAGAGCCAGUGAGAUCGCAAAAGAGAUCGCCACCAAAAGUGCAGGCCAUCAACAUAGUGACAAUGCGUCGUGUAUUGUAGCGAUAUUGGAUGGCCAAGGAUCGUGA